AGGAUCUGUCAGAUGCCUCUGGCUCUGCGCAGGGGAAGCAGAGCCGCGACUGGAAGGGGCUGGCACUUAAAUAAACCCAACCGGGUGGAUUCCAAUCAAAUUUUUAGUUAUUGUAGGAAAUGUUGACACUGUAGGACAAAAGCAUCCUCUGGGUGCGUGCCUGUGAGGUCACAACAGGGAAUGCACAGUGUAAACCCUCCAUCCCAACCCCAGCACCCACAGCCCCCAGGAGCUGUGGAGGACUGCAGAUGGACACUCCCAAGCUGCAAGGUAAAGGCAGCUUGCAGAAAUAGCCCCCAGCUCCAGGGAGGGCUCCUGGGCAGGCAGAGCAUCCCUUAGUGCACCCAAUGGUUCACAGACUGCUCUGCUUGCAUUGGGGAUCUUGGGACAAGGCUGGCAGGGCUGAGAGCCUGCAGCAACCCUCCAGGCACAGGCAGCCCCUUCCAGGGAGCAACCCACCACUUGCAGGACAGGGUGGCAGGCUGGUUUCAUGCCCUCUCUCCCCAGGAAGACAGCGCCAAGCCUCUCUGCUCCAAUGGAAAGAGAUCCCUGCAGAAUUUGUAACAUGCUUGUGCUCGGGGCCACCCCACAGCCCAUCCCCAUGUCACCUGCCAAGCGUGAGUGACAGCCCCUGCAAGCCCUAGCCCAUCUGCCCUACAGCGCUGGAGGGGCAUCUGGCAGGAACGUGGGGCUGUGUGCCCUUUCCUCACCACCCUUCUCCCCGGUCUGACAUGCAACGUGCACACGACAGGCAUUAGUGCUUGGGGGCAUGUAAACGUGGGUCCAGGGGGGCACGCAAGAAGCACUGGGGAGAAUGAAGGGGUCACUGUGUAUCCUGGCAAGAAGGCAAGCUGGCCCAGAGGGCACCCAAACAGUGGGUCAGGAUGCACGCCAUGCUGCAGGAGCAUGUCCGAGAAGCACAGAGAGCUGGGGAAGUGCCCGGACACACACAGAGGCACCCCAAACUCCUUCCUUUGCCAGCUGUGACCACAGAUCCUCUUGGGCAAAAAUCUGGGUGCAAUGAACAGCCACAGCCUGGAGCAUGGCUCCUUUCCACAUGCUCUGGGUUCUGCUGGCAGCAUGAUUCCAACCACUCUACUUUCCUGCUUUCACCUGCUUUUCAGGUCCAGUUUUCACCUGCUUCCUUGAAACCACCUGGAGUUUUGUCCUUGCACUGUUAGACAUCCCAAGGGCCUGGGGAAAAUCUCCAGGCCCCCAGGGAUGGAGACAAGGUACUGAAGGAGGGAUGCUCAGCAAGGCAGACAGCAAGGAGACAGGAGGAAAGGCUGAGGCACAUACCCAGAGACAGACACUUCUAGAGCAGACACAGUUGUCCUCCACUGGGGCUGAGCCAGAGUAUCCCUUGCAGAGCAGGUACCUGUGCCUGGUUUGCCCCUGUGAGACUCCUCUUGUUCCACUGCAGGGUGAGGCUCUUCCUCCCUUCCCAGCAUCCCUCAGUAGUACCAGUCAUGCCAAAGCCUGCAGUCAUCAUAGACAAUGGCAGCAGCUUCACCCGGGCAGGCUUUGCAGGCCAGAAGAAGCCCAAGUUUGUGCUAAGGACCAUGUUGCUGCCUCCGUGCAGUGCGGGCACAAUGUGGGAGACCCAGCGGCAUCCCACUACCGCUGAAAGCACAACAGCCUUCACCGUAGCACCCAGGACUUACCCACUCAAGCAUGGCAUCAUUGAGAACUGGGACAGCAUGGAAAACCUGUGGAACCACCUCUUCUUCUGUGGCCUGAAAGCUCUCCCAGAGGAACAGCCGGUCCUCAUGGCCGACUCCCCAUCUUGCCCCUCCACCAACAGGGAAAAGGUGGCAGAGGUGCUUUUCGAGAGCUUCGGGGUGCCAGCCCUGCACAUGGCUAACACUGGGUUCCUCUCCCUCUGUGCCUAUGGCAGAGUCACCGGUCUGGCCGUGGAGGCUGGGGCAGGAGUGUCCCAUGCCACCUCCGUCUGCCUGGGCCAGACCUGGAGAGAGGCUACCUACUGCCUUGGGGUGGCUGGUGGCUUCCUCUCCAACUACCUGCACAGCCUGCUGAUGGAGAGCCCCAACGACCCCUCAGUGCUGAAGGCAUUGAAGAAGAAGACAGUGAUCCAGCUGAAGAAGCAAUGCUGCUAUGUCUCCAUGGACUAUGAAGGAGACCUCUACGACCGAGGUUUCCAUCAUCCAGCCAGAUUUCAGGUCCCCGAUGGCCAGUGGAUAACCCUGGACAAGGAACGGUUCUGCUGCCCGGAGCCACUCUUCCAACCGAAGCUAGUCCACCAAAGCUCCCCAGGGCUCCAUCACUUGGCCUUGCAGAGCCUCCAGAAGGUACCCAACCAUGCCAGGAGGGACACGGUGGGUAACAUCGUGCUGUCAGGGGGCUCCUCAAUGUUUCCUGGUUUUCCAGAGAGGAUGUGCUUAGAGUUGAAUGCCCUGUUCCACGGCACAGGCUGCCAGAUUCAGGUCCUGGCGAGCCCAGAGAGGGGCAUAGCAGCCUGGGCAGGGGGCUCAAUGGCAGCGUCACUCACGUCCUUCCAGCAUGCAUGGAUGGCAAAGGGCGAGUACCAGGAGCAUGGUGCUGAGUACAUGCACAAGAUGUUCCAGUAGGCAGAUGACGACCAUGCAUUCAAAGCAUCUCACCAAGGGGGCAUAACUCCUGCUGCAGGAGGAAGGUCUCCAAAACACUGCCUUCCUCUGGGCAGAACCACAGCAGCGGUGGUGACUGAGGGCCAGCUCCUGUGCUGCUGCAGGGGUGUGAAGUCAAUUCAAAUGCUCCAAAAGAAAUAAACUGCUUUUCAUUUACACCCCAGGUUAUUUCUGUGCCUGUCCACCAUCACUCUAUUAAGCAUGUGUCCAAUCAGGCUGGCAACACAACCACAGCUCGUGCUGUGAAUUCAGGCCACACUGACUGUCUGGGUACAGCUGGUUGACAGCCGAGCCCUGAUGCUCCAGGCUGGAGACUCUGCA